CCUCUUUUUUUUUUUAUAUAUAUAUAUUAUUACGACAUUUGUACAGUUGGACAAAUAACAUAGAGCUCAGCAACCUAUAUUAAUUUUCAACAACAAAAAGGAAGAGAAAUAAACACCAUAUAUUGAUAAACAAUAAAAUGGCUGAAAACUUUGCUAAAGCUAAUCAAUAUCAAUAUGCUGCCACCUCUAGUUUGGUUUUACAGGCCAAUCGUAAAGGGUUACCACGUAGGGAUCAGGAACCCACCGGUGAACCCGAUACUUUAUGGGGUAAAAUCGAUCCCAAAGAAUUCGGUUCUCGUGUAGAAAGAGAAGCACCUAAAGAUAUUGAACAAAAGAAGAAGAAGGCUGCUGCUAAACGAUCUGAAGAUUCCAAUGAAAAGAGACGUCGAAAGAAGGAAGAAAACGCCAUCAGUAAAGCAUAUGGCUAUUCAUCCGUUCUUUCUGCCACUGAAGACUGGGAAGGCUUAAACUAUAGACCUCGUACAAAAGAAACACGCGAGGCUUAUGAGCACAUUUUGUCAUUUGUUUACGAGCAUUUAGGCGAUCAAGCUCGUGAUGUCAUUCGAAGUGCUGCGGACGAUGUUUUAGAAACUUUAAAAACUGAUACCCUCAAAGAUUUUGAUAAGAAGAAGGAAAUCGAAUCAGUAAUUGGAAACAUUAAAUCUGAACACUUUGCUCAACUUGUCAAUUUGUCUAAAAAGAUUACCGAUUAUUCAGCUGAUGGAGAGGCAAUGGAUAUUGACGAAAACGGCGAUAAAGUGGGUGAAAUCGAUGACGAACUCGGUGUUGCUGUUGUAUUUGAUGACGACGAGGAUGAAGAAGAGGAAGACGAUCAGUAUGAAAUGAAGGAUGAGGAUGAGGAGGAAGACGAAUUAAAUGUCGUUAUUGAAGGUCAAGAGGAAUCCGCUGAAUCCUCGGAUGAGGAAGACGGGUUCAAGACUGUACUCCCUGGACAGGAAAAGAAAAAGAAGUCUAGCAAGAAAUCUGCCACCACAGCUCAAGAUGAUGAUUCUAUUUUUCCUCAUGAUAUUGAUGCAUUUUGGCUUCAACGUCAAAUUGCUGCACAAUAUCCUGAUGCUCACACUGCUCAAGAAAAGACCGUUCAAGCUUUUGAGAUUUUAGGUUCUGAAAGUAUCAACGUUCGUGAUUGUGAGAAUGAGUUGAUGGGAUUAUUCGAUUAUGAUAAGUUUGAUCUUGUUCGUAUCCUUACCAAGAACCGUGAUCUCAUUUAUUGGUGUACACGUCUUGCCCGUCUUGAGGGUGAAGAAAGAGCCGCACUUGAAAUUGAAAUGCAAAACAAAAACUUGGGUUGGAUUUUAAGAAGUCUCAGUGGUGAUCGUCAACGUCGUGGUGAAGCUCUCGAAAGAAAGGGUGUUGUUGAUACAGCGAUGGAAAUUGAUGAAGAAUCUACUGGUCGGAGUCGUGGUCAGUUACCUACUACUGCUACCAUUACACCCGGUACAACUGUAGCACCUCGUCAAAUGUUAGAUUUAGAAUCACUUGCGUUUGAACAAGGUUCUCAUCUCAUGUCGAACAAGAAAGUUAAACUUCCUGAUGGCUCUUUUAAAAGAUCCAAGAAGGGUUAUGAGGAAAUCCAUGUGCCUGCUCCUAAACCUGUUGAGUUUGCUGCCGGUGAAAAGUUAAUUCCUAUCAAAUCUAUGCCUGACUGGUCUCAAGAUGCUUUUGUUGGUCCUGAAACCUUGAACCGUGUUCAAAGUAGACUUUAUCCUACUGCCUUUGGUAGUGACGAGAACCUCCUUUUGUGUGCUCCUACUGGUGCUGGUAAGACUAAUGUUGCUAUGCUUACCAUCUUACAUGAGCUCGGUAAGAACCGUGAUCCUGAAACUGGCCUUAUCGAUCUCGAUGCUUUCAAGAUUGUUUAUAUUGCUCCCAUGAAGGCUUUAGUUGCAGAAAUGGUGGGUAAUUUCAGUCAACGUCUCAAGCCUUACGGAAUUGCUGUUGCCGAAUUAACUGGUGAUCGUCAAUUGACAAAACAACAAAUUUCCGAAACCCAAAUUAUUGUUACUACACCUGAGAAAUGGGAUGUCAUCACUCGUAAAGCUACUGAUCGUAGUUAUACUUCUUUGGUACGUCUUAUCAUCAUCGAUGAAAUUCAUUUGCUGCAUGAUGAUCGUGGUCCAGUCUUAGAAAGUAUUAUCUCUCGUACCAUCCGUAACAUGGAACAAACUCAAGAACUUGUUCGUCUCGUUGGUUUAUCUGCUACUCUACCUAAUUACGUCGAUGUCGCUGCUUUCUUGCGUGUAAACAGUAAGACUGGUUUAUUCCAUUUCGAUAGUUCCUAUCGUCCUUGUCCUUUGAAGCAACAAUUUAUUGGUGUCACAGAGAAAAAGGCUAUCAAGCGUUUCCAAACCAUGAACGAGGUUUGUUACGAGAAAGUUAUCGAACAAAUUGAUCAAAGAGAAGAGAAUCAGGUCCUUGUAUUUGCUCACUCUCGUAAAGAAACAGCUAAAACAGCAAAGACACUUCGUGAUAUGGCUUUGGAUAAAGAUACAAUCACACGAUUCUUGAAACAAGAUUCUGCUAGUCGUGAAAUUCUUCAAUCCGAAGCAGCUACAGUAAAGGAUGCUAACCUUGCUGAUCUUUUGCCUUAUGGUUUCGCUAUCCAUCAUGCUGGUAUGACACGUGCUGAUCGUACGCUCGUUGAAGAAUUGUUUGCCGAUGGACACAUUAAGGUGCUUUGUUCUACUGCUACUCUUGCUUGGGGUGUCAAUUUACCCGCGCAUGCUGUUAUCAUUAAGGGUACACAGAUUUAUUCUCCUGAGAAGGGUCGCUGGGUCGAACUUUCUCCUCAAGAUGUUCUCCAAAUGUUGGGUCGUGCUGGUCGUCCUCAAUAUGACACUUAUGGUGAGGGUAUCAUCAUUACCGCUCACUCUGAAUUACAAUACUACUUGUCUCUUCUUAACACUCAACUUCCUAUCGAAUCUCAAUUUAUCUCCAGACUUUCUGAUAACUUGAAUGCUGAAAUCGUACUUGGUACUAUCAGAAAUCGUGAUGAAGCUGUGCAAUGGUUAGGAUACACUUACUUAUACGUACGUAUGCUUCGUAAUCCUUCACUUUAUAAUGUAUCCCAAGACGACCUUGAAGAUGAUCCUCAUUUGGAACAGAAGCGCGUGGAUCUGAUUCAUUCUGCUGCUACUGUGCUCGAUAAGUGCAACUUGAUCAAGUAUGAUAAGAAGUCAGGCCGUUUCCAAGUGACUGAAUUGGGCCGUAUCGCUUCUCAUUACUAUGUGACUCAUCACUCUAUGUCAACCUACAACCAACAUUUACGUCCCAUGAUGAGUGAAAUUGAGCUCUUCCGCGUCUUUGCUCUUUCUGAUGAAUUCAAGUAUAUUCCUGUGCGUGAAGAAGAAAAGAUGGAGUUACAAAAAUUGCUGGAGCGUGUGCCUGUUCCUGUUAAGGAGAGUCUUGAAGAACCUACUGCUAAGAUUAAUGUCUUGUUACAAGCUUAUAUUUCCCAACUCAAAUUGGAAGGUUUUGCUUUGGUUUCUGAUAUGGUGUAUGUCACUCAAAGUGCAGGCCGUAUCAUUCGCGCCAUGUUUGAGAUUUGUUUAAAGCGUGGCUGGGCACAAUUGACCAAAAAGGCACUCAAUUUGUGUAAAAUGGUUGAAAAGCGUAUGUGGUUACCUAUGUCUCCUUUGCGACAAUUCAAGGCUAUGCCUCAAGAUAUUGUACGUCGUUUAGAACGUAAAGAAUUCCCUUGGGAGCGUUACUUUGAUUUGAAUCCUCAAGAACUCGGUGAAUUGAUUGGCCAGCCCAAGGCCGGUCGUACUCUUCACAAAUUCGUGCAUCAAUUCCCCAAGUUGGAUAUCCAAGCUCAUGUUCAACCUGUUACCCGUUCUUUGCUCAAGGUUGAAUUGACUAUUACACCUGAUUUCCAAUGGGAUGAAAAAGUUCAUGGUCUUGCUGAGGCCUUCUGGAUUUUGGUAGAAGAUGUAGAUGGUGAACAUAUCUUGCAUCAUGAUUACUUUGUAUUGAAACAACGCUAUGCCGAAGAAGAACAUUUAGUUUCAUUCACUGUACCCCUCUUUGAACCUUUGCCUCCUAACUAUUACGUUACAAUUGUUGCCGAUCGUUGGAUGCAUUGUGAGUCCAAACUGCCUAUCUCCUUCAAGCACUUAAUUCUUCCCGAAAAGUACGCUCCACAUACCGAGCUUCAUGAUCUCCAGCCUUUGCCUGUGUCUGCUUUACGUAAUCCUGAAUAUGAAAAGCUUUACUCUGGUUGGAUCAAUCAUUUCAAUCCUGUUCAAACACAGGUGUUCAAUGCUCUUUAUACCACAGAUGACAACACAUUUAUCGGUGCUCCCACUGGUUCUGGUAAGACAGUUUGUGCCGAAUUUGCUCUUUUGCAUUUGUGGAGCAAAUCCAGUGAUUCUCGUGCCGUCUAUGUCGCCCCCUUCCAAGAGCUUGUAGAUCAACGUGUUGCUGAAUGGACCGAGAAAUUCGGCAAAGUUGGUGGUGGUAAGGAAGUGGUCGCUUUGACAGGUGAAACUAGUGCUGAUUUGAAAUUAUUGGAACGUGGUAAUAUUAUCUGUUGUACACCUACCCAAUGGGAUCUUAUUUCUCGUCGUUGGAAGCAAAGAAAGAAUGUUCAAAAUGUUGAUUUAUUCAUUGCCGAUGAAGUGCACAUGAUUGGCGGUGAUCUUGGUCCUACUUAUGAAGUGAUUGUUUCCAGAAUGAGAUACAUGGCCUCUCAAACACAAAAUGCUAUCCGUAUUGUUGCUUUGGGUACUUCGCUUGCCAAUGCUCGUGACUUGGGUGAAUGGAUCGGUGCUACUUCUCAUUCCGUUUUCAACUUCCAUCCUUCUGUGCGUCCUGUUCCUUUAGAAAUUCAUAUCCAAAGUUAUAAUGUUCCUCAUUUCGCUUCGCUUAUGAUUGCUAUGGCUAAACCUACUUAUCUCGCUAUUACUACACAUGCUGAUAACAAACCCUCGAUCGUUUUUGUUCCUUCCAGAAAGCAAUGUAAGCUUACUGCAGUUGACUUGAUUACUUACUGUGUCGCUGAUGACAAGCCUCAACAAUUUUUACAUUGUGAAUUAUCCGAAAUCCAAUCCAUUUUGGAUCGUGUUCAAGACAAGUCUUUGGUUGAAACUCUUUAUCAUGGCAUCGGUUUCUACCAUGAAGCGCUUUCUAAGCAAGAUAAGAAAAUUGUCGAACAACUUUAUGAAUCAGGCGCUAUCAAGGUCGUGAUCGCUUCUCGUGAUACAUGUUGGGCCCUUCCUCUUCAUUCUCAUAUGGUUGUCGUGAUGGGUACCCAAUACUUUGAGGGUAAAGAACAUCGCUAUGCUGAUUAUCCUAUCACCGAUGUUCUGCAAAUGAUGGGUCGUGCCUGCCGUCCCCUUGAAGAUGAAACUGGUAAAUGUGUUCUCAUGUGUCAAGCCAACAAGAAGGAAUUUUACAAAAAGUUCUUAUACGAGGCUUUGCCUGUGGAAUCUCAUUUGGAUCAAUUUUUACACGAUCAUUUCAAUGCUGAAAUUGUCACUAAAACGAUUGAAAACAAGCAAGAUGCUGUGGAUUAUCUUACCUGGUCUUUCUUGUAUCGUCGUAUGGCUCAUAAUCCUAAUUACUAUGGUUUACAAGGUACUUCGCAUCGUCACUUAUCUGAUCAUCUUUCUGAACUCGUUGAAUCUACACUUACGGACUUGGAGGAUACCAAAUGUCUUACAAUUGAAGAUGAAAUGGAUAUUAGUCCUCUUAAUUUGGGUAUGAUUGCCGCUUAUUACAACAUCAACUAUACCACGGUAGAUAUGUUCAGUGUCAGUUUGAAAAGUGGCACCAAACUUAGAGGUCUUUUGGAAAUUGUGUCAUCUGCUACUGAAUUUGACGGCAUUCCUAUUCGUCAUCACGAAGAGAAUGUUCUCAAGCGUAUCUACGAUCGUGUUCCUGUGAAGUUGGCUAAUCCUAAAUUCAACACACCUAGAAUCAAGACAAAUGUUUUGUUACAAGCACAUUUCUCUCGUGUCCAAUUACCACCUGAUCUUCAAGCCGAUCAAACGUUAAUCGUCGAAAAGGUUAUCCCACUUCUUCAAGCCUGUGUGGAUGUUAUUUCUUCUAACGGUUGGUUAUCGCCCGCAUUGGCUGCAAUGGAAUUAUCACAAAUGUCUGUACAAGCCAUGUGGGAUCGUGACUCCCCUCUCAAGCAAAUUCCUUAUUUCACCAAUGAGAUUAUCAAACGCUGUGAGGCCCAAAAUGUCGAAUCCGUGUUUGAUAUUAUGGAACUUGAAGAUGAUGUGCGUGCUGACUGUCUCCGUUUGGAUCAAAGAAAGAUGCGCGAAGUAGCACGUUUCGUCAACAGAUACCCCAAUAUUGAAGUUGGUUUUGAUGUAGCUGAUAAGGAGAGUGUUGCGGCGGGUGGACUUGUCAACGUCCGUGUUCAACUUGAACGUGAAGUGGAUGAGGAUGCCGAAGAACAAGAAGUCGGACCUGUGAUCGCACCAUUCUUCCCCAAGACCAAGGAUGAAGGUUGGUGGAUUAUCAUUGGUGAUCCCGAAACAAAGACUUUAUUGGCAAUCAAGAGGGUUACUUUGCAACAAAAAUUGACCGUUAAGUUGGGUUUUAAUGCUCCUACAGCCGGCCAACACACUCUCAAGGUUUACUUGAUGUCCGACUCAUAUAAUGGAUGCGAUCAAGAAUUAGAUAUGGAAUUAGAUGUUGCUGAGGGCGAAGACAGCGAUGAAGAUGAGUCUAUGGAUGAAGAGUAAAUUUCUUUUUAUUUUUAAACAUUUAAUAAAUAAGAGCUCAUAUGUUGUAUAAUUUG